AUAGUUAAAGAAAGAGCUUUUUUUCAGUUAUUUUUUCUUGUGUGUGUUGUUUGGACACUUGCAUUGCAUGAAAAGAAAAGGCUUUCUCUGCUCUGCUUUGCUCUGCCGCUGAGAGAGAGAGUGUGUGUGGGUGGGUCUAUGUCUCUGCCUUUUUAUCCGCGCAUCCGUGUCGGUCAUACCAUUCAUCAUCUCAUCACUUGGAAUCUUCCAAACUUCACUCUAUUCCGUUCCCAUUUUUAUUAACAAAAAACAAAUCUUUUGGGUUAAAUAUCUUCUGGGUCUCUGGAUUUUGAACUAAAAUUAUGGAACUUGGAGGAGAUUUUGUUGCAAGGAUUAUCGAAUAGUUAGUUACGGUUUUUUAUAUUUAUUUAUCGUUUUAUCAUCUUUCUGCCUCUUAUCUUGUUCUGCCCGCAGACACGACAGCGACUCAGUCUGAAACUGUUAGUUGUUGUUUUUGUUGUAGCCUCCUCGAUCUUGAACUGUGUUUUUUGAAACAGCUUCUGAUUUUUGCAAUGAUUCAAUUGCAACCUUUUUCGCUGUCUCCCCACCACUUCUCUUCUCUGUUCCAUCCAUCAUCAUCUGUUGAAAGCAUGUUGUGUUUCAACUUUCAAGGUUGAUUGAACCCUUUAACAGGUGCAACUCUGAGAAAGUGCUGAUUCGUUUAACCUUUAGAGUAAUUCCAGUCAGAAUUGGUCUGUCACCAAAAUUCGAACCUCGGGAAUUUUAGGGGAAUUAUAUGGUUUCUUGUGGACAAGUGGCACGUUUGUUUUGAUCAUAUAUGCUAUUUCAGGAAUUUGAAGUGAAAAAAAAGUACUAUCUGGCUCCAACAAAGGUGAUGGAAUCGAAGGAGAAAUUGAAAGAGGUGGAAAAGUGUUUGGAUCCUCAACUAUGGCAUGCUUGUGCGGGAGGGAUGGUGCAAAUGCCACUGGUGAAUGCUAAAGUGUUCUACUUCCCUCAAGGCCAUGCUGAGCAUGCAUGUGGACCCGUGGACUUCAGGGCUGGCUCCAAAAUUCCACCUUUCAUUCAAUGUAGAGUGGCAGCUAUCAAAUACAUGGCUGAUCCUGAGACAGAUGAGGUGUAUGCAAAGCUUAGCCUUGUUCCUAUGAACAACAAUGAAGCUGAUUUUGAGGAUGAUGGUGUUGGAGGCAUCAAUGGAUCUGAAACUAAGGAUAAACCCCCUUCCUUUGCUAAAACCUUGACUCAAUCUGAUGCCAACAAUGGUGGUGGUUUUUCUGUUCCUAGGUAUUGUGCUGAGACAAUUUUUCCUCGUUUGGACUAUUCAGCAGACCCUCCUGUUCAGAACAUCCUGGCUAAAGAUGUUCAUGGAGAAACAUGGAAAUUUAGGCACAUUUAUAGGGGCACGCCGCGGCGGCAUCUGUUGACAACAGGGUGGAGUACUUUUGUUAAUCACAAGAAGCUUGUUGCUGGUGAUUCAAUUGUGUUUUUGAGAGCAGAAAAUGGUGAUCUAUGUGUUGGAAUUCGAAGGGCUAAAAAGGGAAUUGGUGGCGGACCUGAGACAUCGUCGGGGUGGAAUUCAGUAGGGGGAAUUUGUCCUUUACCUUAUGGAGGAUUUUCUUCCUUUUUGAAGGAUGAGGAUAACCAAUUCAUGAGGAAUGGUAAUAGCAAUGUGUUGAGUCCAAGUGCAAACUUGAUGGGUAAGGGGAAAGUGAGGCCUGAAGCCGUUAUUGAAGCUGCAACUCUUGCUGCCAAUAUGCAACCCUUUGAGGUUGUUUACUACCCUCGAGCAAGUACUCCAGAGUUUUGUGUUAAAGCAUCUUUAGUUAGAUCGACAUCGCAGAUUAGGUGGUGUCCUGGAAUGAGGUUCAAGAUGCCCUUUGAAACUGAGGAUUCUUCGCGGAUAAGUUGGUUUAUGGGAACUAUAUCUUCUGUUCAAGUUGCUGAUCCAAGAUGGCCUGAUUCCCCUUGGAGACUUCUCCAGGUCACAUGGGAUGAACCAGAGUUACUUCAAAAUGUAAAAAGGGUGAGCCCGUGGCUAGUUGAAAUUGUAUCAAACAUGCCAAGCAUCCUUUCCCCUUUCUCACCACCAAGGAAGAAAUUGAGAUUCCCUCAGCCCCCAGAUUUCCCACUCGAUGGCCAGAUUUCAAUGCCAACAUUUCCUAGCAACUUUCUAGGUCCUAAUAAUCCAUUUGGUUUUUUACCUGAAAGUACUCCUGCUGGCAUGCAGGGAGCCAGGCAUGCUAUUAGUUAUGGGAUAUCCUUAUCAAAUCUCCACCACAAUAAACACACAGGUCUAUUUCAGGCUGGUUUCCCACCACUUGAUCACGCUGCUUCACCGAUGAGGGUCUCCAAUAAUCCACCACUGCUAAAAGCCAGCACAAAUGAAAAUGUCUCCUGCUUAUUAUCCAUGGAAAAUUCUACUCAAUCUUCAAAGAAAGUGGAUGGUUUCAAGGCACCCCAUCUGAUGCUUUUUGGCCAAAAAAUUCUCACUGAGCACCAAAUUUCUCUGAGAAACUCUACUCGCACAGUCUCUCCAGUUAUUACUAGUUCAUCUGAUGGAAAUGCUGAUAAAGUGACUAAUUUUUCAAAUGGUUCCUGUUCGGCACUUCAUCCACAACUCUCCUCUUGUGAGGGGUUCCGGUGGUUUAUGGAUCACCACAAAGAAACUAGUUUAGAGACAGGUCAGUGUAAAGUUUUUAUGGAAUUAGAAGAUGUAGGCCGGACUAUGGACCUAUCAUUGCUUGGAUCUUAUGAUGAAUUGUACAAAAAACUAGCUGACAUGUUUGGCAUAAAAAAAUCUGAGGUGCUAAGUCAUGUGCUUUACCGUGAUGUAACUGGGGCAGUCAAGCACAUUGGAGAUGAAGCAUUUAGUGACUUCACUAGAACAGCAAGGAGGUUGACCAUUCUAAUGGAUUCCAGCAGUGACAAUGGGGGAGUGUAGAGGAAGAAAUAACACCAUCAUCUCAAUUGUACAGUUGAUUGAUCAAUUCCCGAGCAAUGGAAGGAGGUAGUCUGAUCUAAUUUUCGGAUAUUAAUGUUUCUCUUGAAGGAGAUAUUUGGAUUUGAAAUUUUCUUCUAGCGAUGAUAGCUUGUGUUUUUCCUUUUCUUUUUGAAUUAUAACAUUGCUUACUUGAGGCUUUUGUUUAAUAAUUUUGUUGGGAAAAAAAGGAAGGAGAAAAGUGGUAGUGAUCAUAUAUGCCUUGUACUUAAAUUUCUUUGACAAUGGUUUUGUAGUAUAAAAUAAAAGUUGACAGGCUUAUUAGUUACUGGAGACAAAUCAAGGGAAAACCUCACUGUAGUUACCUUUAUUUUUCAGCGAUUGUACCAUUGUUUUGUUGUGGCUUUCGUAUACAUAUCGUGAGAUUAUACUCACUGCUUGAAAAUUUAUUUGCAUAAAUGCAAUUCUAUGGUUGAAAGUUUAUACGAGUGUCACUUACAAAAUUGGCUCAUGUUCCUAAAAAUAUUCAAUGGGGUAUCUGUUUCUAUACUGGUGGGUCGGAAACACGUUCCUAGUUGGAUCAUUUCUUUGUAUUAGAUUGGGACUUACAAUUCAAUUCCAAAUGUUACGUGACAUUAGCAAAGAGACAUUGACAAUGAUCCAACAAAGAAGUGUGAACAAGUUGUGAGACACAUUAUGUUUUUUUUUCUAGAAGUAGUUGGAUGCAUUUGUGGUCUUCCAAUUAAAACUUGCUUGCUUGACCCGUAAAAUUGAAGAAU